AACUACUACUCGACAACAGUCAACUAAUCUAUAGUAGUCUGAUCCUGAGUCUGCUAUUAUCUUUAUAACUAUUAAUUUGCACUAUGCCUUGAAGGUACACACUCUAGAUUACAUUGUUUUUCUACAGAUUUCUCCACACAAACAACUUUUUACUAUUUCAUGGCAGAAAAAGCACAACUAGAGAAGGAGUCAACUACAAAGACCGUCCGUAAGGUAUCACAAACAAAGUUUGGUACAUUCCAAGAGGAGUCGUAUGAGCCAUGGAAACACAGAAAUGUAACACAUCCACUGAGCACUACUGGAGCCCUGGCCCACAUGAUCAAAGGAAGUUUAGGAUCAGGGAUCUUGUCAAUGCCGGUGGCCUUCAAACAUGGUGGACUCUGGACCAGCCUGGUGGGAGCCGUAUUCAUCGGUUGUCUCUAUGCUCACUGCGUGUCCAUCGUGGUAUACAGUUCACAAGUGUUGUGUGUGAGGCUGAGGAAACCUAGGAUGGAGUUUGCAGAAAUUGCUGAAGCUGCUUUCCACUCAGGACCUGUUAAGUUGCAACGGUACACAGCACUGGCCAAAGUUGUUGUCGAUGUCAGCUUAUUUAUAGGAUGGUACUCCACCUGCAUGGUGUAUGUGGUGUUCAUAGCGUCCUCUUUACAACAGGUUCUGGAAUAUGACUUUGGUAUAGAGAUGAACAUUCGCCUGUACAUCCUCUUCACAACUGUGUUCGUCCUACCGAUUGGUCUCAUUAGAAACUUGAAGUACCUCGUCCCUUUCUCUACCCUGGCCAUCUGUGCGCUCACGGUCAGUUGCGGCUACGUCUUUUAUGAAAUCUUCCAAGGAUUGCCUCCGGUGCUUUCCAGGCCGGCUUUUAAAAGUUUCCAAACACUGCCCAUGUUUCUCACCACGGUGCUGUUUGCCUUUGACGGAAUCGGAAUGGUUUUUCCUAUAGAGAAUAACAUGAAGAACCCUAGACGUUUCCUGGGCUGCCCUGGAGUUCUUAAUAUUGCCAUAUUGUGGCUGAUGUCCAUGUACGCUGGCAUGGGAUUUUUCGGCUAUCUACGCUACGGCGAAGCCACGAAAGGAACUAUAACACUAAAUAUCUCCACAUCUUCAGUAAUGGGACAAGCUGUCAAAAUUAUGGUGACGUUGAAUGUACUCUGUUCAUACGCUCUUUUCCUAUACGUACCAGUAGAAAUACUUUGGCGUGUACUGGAGCCGAAAUUUGAAGAACGAAGAAAAACAUUUUACAAUUAUCUUUUACGACUGGUGUUGGUUCUAGGAACAGUGAUGGUUGCUGUGUUAGUCCCUGAUUUGGAACCUUUUGUUGGUCUGGUCGGAGGAAUCGGUUCGACAACGCUGAUCCUCUUCUUCCCUCCGGUCAUCGAGUUAGUGACUUUCUGGGAGGACAAGGACUACAUGGGCCCGCUCCGCUGGAGACUCUACAAGAACUUGCUUAUCCUGCUCCUGUGGCUUCUAAUCUUGGUGACCGGCACCCAGUCCAGUCUUGUCGAGAUAGUGGCUCUCUACAGAAUAACAGUGUCCAGAUACUGGCACUCUAUAGAUAACAGUGUCCAGAUAUUGGCACUCUACAGACAACAGUGUCCAGAUAUUGGCACUCUACAGAUAACAGUGUCCAGAUAUUGGCACUCUACAGAUAACAGUGUCCAGCUAUUGGCACUGAAGGUAGCUAGCCUGAUGUUCCUGUACAAGCUGGUGCGAGGCGUGGUAGACGAUCCUGCUAGCCUGGCCGUCUUAUCUUAUCGCGUACCUUCAUUCAACAGUAGGAGCAACCUUCUGUUCUCGGUUCCAAUUCUGCCGCACGACGGCUCAUGCUUCCUCGCCACUCUACGGCUUUACUCACGGUUUAGGUCACGUUGUUUACUUCUUCGUUGCUAUUUUUAUAUUUAUUUAGUUCCAAGGUGUCAAGAAAAAAUGGAAGAAAAGAAGCACUUAGAAAAGGAGAAGGAUAAAGUUACUUCUUACAACACUGACUCCAAGUUUGGAAUUGAAGAGGAGCCUUACAAACCAUGGGAACACAGAGAACAGACACAUCCUUUAAGUAUGGCAGGAGCCCUGUUCCACAUGAUCAAGAGCAGUUUAGGGUCUGGUAUUCUCGCCAUGCCAGUGGCCUUCAAGAACGGUGGACUCUGGACCAGCCUGGUGGGAGCCAUCUUUGUUGGUUUUGUCUACGCUCACUGCGUCUCCAUCCUGGUAUUUAGUUGCCAAACACUGUGUGUCAAAUUAAGGAAGCCUCGACUCGAUUUCUCUGAAAUAGCUGGCAGUGCUUUCCGCACUGGCCCACCUCGACUCCAGCCAUACUCUAAGUUUGCCAAGAAUGUUGUCGAUGCAAGUUUAUUCUUCGGGUGGUAUUCAACCUGCAUGGUUUAUGUUGUUUUCAUUGGAUCAUCUCUACAGCAGGUAAUUGAAUAUGACUCUGGGUUACGAUUGGACAUACGGUACUACAUAAUGUUAGCAGCCAUUUUCGUUAUUCCCAUCGGACUCAUACGCAACCUCAAGUUUCUAGUCCCAUUUUCAUUUCUUGCUAUCUGUGCUCUGACGUUUAGCUGUGGCUAUGUCUACGUUGAAAUCUUCCAAGAUCUGCCCCCGAUAUCCUCAAGGCCAGCAUUCACAGGUUUCCAGACACUGCCACUUUUCUUCACCACCGUUAUUUUCGCUUUUGAUGGAAUUGGAAUGGUACUACCCAUAGAAAAUAGUAUGAAGAAUCCCAGGCGUUUUUUGGGUUGUCCUGGAGUCCUCAACAUCUCAAUAAUAUGGCUGGUGUCCAUGUACGCUGGCAUGGGCUUUUUUGGGUAUCUUCGUUACGGUGAUGCCACUCAAGGCACCAUAACCCUCAACAUUUCAACAUCCUCCAUGGUUGGACAGGCAGUAAAGUUGAUGGUUACAUUCAACGUUGUCUGUUCGUACGCCUUGUUCCUCUACGUUCCAGUUGAAAUUGCCUGGCGAAUACUGAAACCAACACUGAAAAGCUCAAUCUACUGCUACUGUAUAAGAUUAAUAAUGAUAUUAAUAUCUAUUGUAAUUGCUGUCUUGGUGCCGGACCUGGAACCUUUCGUUGGGCUUGUUGGUGCAGUCAGCUCAUCCACCCUGAACCUCUUCUUCCCUCCGGUCAUCGAGCUGGUUACCUUCUGGGAGGAUAAAGCCUACAUGGGUCGUUUCCGCUGGAGGGCAAUCAAGAACGUUUUGAUAAUUCUACUUUGGCUUGUAUGCUUGACAACAGGGGCGUACUCUGCUCUGGCAGAAAUUGUGAAACUCUAUGAAUAACAAUAUCUGUGGCUUGUCAAUGAACUGGACUCUAUGUUACUCAUAAUGUAUUUGAAUGAAUUCCAAAAAACAAAUACAGGCAAAUAACAAAUGUUAAAAAAUGUUACAUCGCUCAAUAAAUUUUCUCAAAAUUAAAACAUUUGCAGGAUUUUUAAUUACAUUUUACUCAUAUACAUAUAAUAUUUAAGUAUCCAACUAUCUACUGUAAAAUUGUUAAAAAUGAACUUAAAGGCAUAACCAUAUUUUUGUAAUCUACACAAGACUGAUAAUAUUACUCAUAAUAU